AUGAGAGAAGCUCACCAAACAUGUAAAAGAAACUGUCACAACAGAUGUACGGCUCGUUGCUAUUCGUCUCAACUUGUUGUACAGAGAAUUGAGCAAAGGCCCUCAUACCACGACGACUUGAUCAAGAGGGGGAUACUCGUGAAAGGUUCUCUCGGGUCCGGAUCCUACUCAAAGGUUAAAAAAGCCGUUGAUGUUUAUGCUAACUUUGCAAAAAUAGCAAUAAAAAUUAUAGACAAAUGUCAUGCAACAAAAGAUUAUUUGGAUAGAUUUCUUCCAAGGGAACUCAGUAUUUGGAUUCGAUUGUGCCAUCCUAAUCUGAUCAAAUUAAUCGAUUUCUUUGAAGAAAACAUGAGAGUUUACAUGGUGAUUGAGUACGCUCCUGGCGGUGAUGCGCUAAACUACAUACAAAAGAAAGGACCCUUAGAUGAAACCCAGGCUAAAAGUUGGUUAAACCAAAUCAUCAAUGCCCUCAGCUAUAUGCAUAGCAGAAAUGUUGCACACAGAGAUCUUAAACUAGAAAACUUACUGCUUUUUGACAACUGUACUCGUAUAAAACUUUGUGAUUUUGGAUUUGUUAAACAUAUACAGCCCAACAAUUGCCUCAGUGACACAUUUUGUGGCUCAAAAGCUUACGCUGCUCCGGAAAUACUGAGUGGUCAAGCGUACGAUCCUAAGAAAGGUGACGUGUGGGCUUUAGGUGUUGUUUUAUUCAUCAUUAUAACUGGUAAGAUGCCAUUCAAUGAAACUAGAGGUAUCAAAAAUGUUUUAGAAGAACAAGCAGCUUUGAACUUAGGUGAAAUAAAUACAUGUUUUGAAAAAAUCAUUCUGCAAGCCUUUACGUGGAACGUCGCACUGAGGCCAGAUAUUGAUUCAUUGCAGCUUGAUCCUUGGAUUGAAGAUUAA